CCCUUGUCCCUUCCCCUCCUCCCACCCCAGAGCAUCUCCCCUGCAGCUGCACAGCUCCUCCAGCGCCUGUGUCCCCCUGCGAGAGCUGUUGACAGAGCCAAGCAGCCCUCUGGCAGCUGCGAACAAGCCAGCCCCCCUCUCCACCCCUUUGCACUGUCCCCUCCUGAAAUUGCAUCGCCUCCUUGGAGGAGCCGGAGAGAGACACACACAGCCAGCCCCGCUGCUCAGCCAGCUUCGCUCUCGCUCCUGUGCUUUGCUGGGCAGAAGUGCCGGGCUGAAGCUGCCUCGCCUGCCCUAGGGCACCCCCCAAGCCUGGAGAAUGCACAGAGCCAGCUGGAGCCAGGGGAAGUGAGCGUGCGAGUGCCCCGGGCAGGAGGUUGCCCUGCAGCAGGGACUGGGGACUUUUCUUAGCCCAGUGUUUCUCAACCUUUCUGAUACCAGGGACUGGCUUGCUGCCUUCCUAAACUGUCUCAGGGAGAUCUCAGGGACCGGUGCCAGGACCCUCCAGCUUUGGAGUGGGGUGUCCUGCGUUCGUAGCCCCUGGCCUCGCUGGCUGGGAGUUUGCCCGGAGCCUGGCAAGAGUCCCCGGCCCCGCAACAUGGACACGGUGGCCAGCGACAUCGCGGACCUCAGCAGCCAGGACGCGCAGAGCGUGUGCGAGGCGCUGGGACGCUACGAGGACACGCUGCGGGGCGCUGUGCGGGAGAUCCACGUGGACAUCCAGGUCUUCAAGCAAGGGGUGGACCGGCAGGUGGACGAGGUGCUGCGCCUCGCUAGCCCGCUGGCCCGCACCGUCGCCGAGCUACAGCAGGAGAACCAGCGGCUGCGAGCGCAGGUGGAGCGCUUGGCCAGGCAGGUGGAAGCCCUCAGCAGGUCGGCGGGGCUGCCGGACAGCUGGGCUGCGGAGUGCGGGGCAGCUGGGGGGCCCAACUCUCCAGGGGCUGGCGCAAGGCUGGCCAGGUUCUCCAGCCAUGCCACCUUAUCCAUGACCGGCAAGAGCCAGAGCGUGGACUUGGAUGACCACAACGAACCUGAGACUAGAAGAGUUUCUAAUUCCUCCAUAGUUGAAAACGGACACCAGUCUUUGGCAGGUCAGGCAAAAGUCUCACAGGAAGUGACCUCUUCCCUUCAGAUGUCAAACUCGUCCCCCGAGGAACAUGCCCCUGCAGUAACCUUACGGAUGCCCCACCUUCCUGUUACUGCAAUAACUCGAGUAUCAGAGAAGUUUUCAGGAGAAACCUCCGCCUUAUCAGGAACUAGUAAUGCUACCAGUGGCCUGAUAGGGCAGAGCAGGAGCCAGAAUGAGGCUACGAUGAAAACUUCCAGCCAAUCAGUGACUGCUGUGAAGACCUGGAAUUCAAGUUCCGUGAGAACAAUGGGCACCUCCAUAGCUGCAGAGAAAAGCACUUCUGUCACAAAGUCUAUGUCAGCCAUGAGCUAUGGAUUGACUAGUGGAACCAAAGCUAGUGAAAGCAAUACCAUUGACAGUUACUAUGAUGUGACACCCAAAUCCUGCUCCCCACCUCCGACUGUACAUCGUCAAGUGGAAAGGAGGCGAGAACUGGUGCGGUCUCAGACAUUGCCACGCACUUCAGGAACGCAGGCCAGGAAAGCGCUCUUUGAGAAAUUUGAGCAGGACAGUGGAAAAGGAAAAGGAGAGUCCAAAGCAAAGCUGAAGCGGUCACAGAGUUUUGGGGUCGCCAGUGCAAGCAGCAUUAAGCAAAUUCUACUGGACUGGUGUCGCUCCAAAACCAUAGGAUACAAGCACCUUGAUCUGCAGAACUUCUCCUCGAGUUGGAGUGACGGGAUGGCAUUCUGUGCCCUAGUGCAUUCUUUCUUCCCCGAAGCCUUCGAUUAUAAUGCGCUUGACCCAGCUAACCGCAAGCAGAACUUUGAGCUGGCUUUCACCAUGGCUGAGAAACUGGCUCACUGCGACCGCCUGAUAGAAGUGGACGACAUGAUGGUGAUGGGACGCAAGCCAGAUCCCAUGUGUGUUUUCACCUACGUACAAUCACUAUACAAUCACCUGCGCCGCUUUGAAUAAACCCACCGGGAAGCUUGAACACAACCCCAGACUGAGACGACUCUGGUGUCUUCUCACCGAAAGGAGAGUGGUGUUUUGAGAAUAGAGCGCGGCCAUUAUUGUUCACUCAGAAGCUUGUUAUCGUCCCCUGUGCUUGCAUUCAGCCAGGUCACUGCUUACACUGUUGCCAAGCAGGGCCCCAAAGUGUUGAUCACAGCAAUGGGCCAGUAAAAUACAGGAAAAGCGUAGGGAAAGGCAGAAAUUGUCAUUCUGGUGCUAGUGAUAAGUUGUAUUAAAUACAGUUGUGUUAAAAGAUUGAAGAAAACUAAAUUAUAAGUCUCCUUCUGGUCAGCUUGGGACACAUGGCUCUGUAUGGUAAGAGAAACCUCUGCUUCAAAGUCAUUCUCUCCUACCACAGUUUAAACACACAGGAUAAUGUAGAUAUGUUUUCCACUCCUCUGUCCAGUGUAAUACACAAGAAACAGGAGGCAGCUUACACCAAGACUUUACAAAGGAAGGCAGCCUCUGCUCUACUGAAUACAAGUUAUUUGACUUCCAACAUUGCAGUAUCACUGCCCUCAGGUGUGUUUAUUCGGUUGUAUGUGUGCACACAACAUAACCGCCGGUGGGGGUUCUUACAAAGCGGUGGUCCAUAUGGGGACUGAAACCACAGCACAGGCCUUUGCCAUUUAAGCUAAAGGAGUUACACACUUCACUUGCAGCAGUAGUAGGCUAUUAUCUUUUAUCUGCAUCAGACACUAGAGGCAAGGGACGCAACCCACUUAGCAUCUGAGCUCAAAUCCCCAUAUGGGCUAUUACUGUGUAACAAACUCCACCAGCAUGUGCCAGUGGGGGUCAAACCUAAAAUCUUUUCCUCAAGUGGUUAGUUGAGGCCUGUGCAGGUCCUGGCUUAAGUCCUUGCUAAGGAGGCAUAGGGGGAGUGGGGCUGUUACUUAUGUGCAUUUAUGUACGUGGUCAUAAAUUCAGUGCUUACAAAGCGGUAAAGAUUAACUACUUGGGAGUCCUAUUUAACGGGUAUAACACAGGCAGCAGCCCAGCAAUGUGCCUCCACCCCAGCCCUAGGAGAGAUCUCCAUGACCCAUUCCAUCCUCGGCCUCCAUGCUGCGGAGGCCACUAAAUGAUUUGGGAGUUUUGGAUCACCUGGGGCGAUUUCUGAUCUCAGUUAACCCUCAUGAGCCCACAGUAACCCCAUUAACUUCAGGGGUGUUAUUCCAAAUUUACACCUGUAGAAAAAAGAUCAGAUUCCACCCUCUGGCUUCUGUUCACUACAUCAGCAGCUUUGUUUUUGCAAGGAAUGUAAAAAACUGAAGUCCCAUCGCCCCAGAACAAACUAAUAGAAAGUAACAACGGCCAGGCAAGCAGACUGCUCUUGCUAAAGGAUGGUUUUUUACCUGCAUCUGUUCCUGUUCCUCACAGAUAUUUAUAAAAAUGACUUUGGUUCUGUAUUGAUGACCAUUUAUAAUAAAAUAUAUGUCAAACUCC